UGGGGGAGGCUCCAGCUGGGACAGCCUGUAUCCUCCUGCUCAUCCCACGGUGCCAAGGAGGGGGAGGCGAGACGCCCGCCCAGACGAGGCCGUGGGCCGCGCUGUGCUGGGAGGCGGUGGGGGGAUGUGCCAGUGCUCCCUGGGGCGCCCCGACCCACCAGUGCUUCGUGUGGCCGAGGCACAGGCAGGAGCGUGGGUAGGGGCUGCCUGGCAGGGCCGGCAUGGCCGAGAGCAUGGGGUGCGGUGUGGGGCCGGCCACCACGCAUGGCUGCUCCAUGGCCACCACCACCCGCAGCUCCCGGGGGAGGAGAGGCAGCAGCAGCCCCGCACGAGCUGCCCGGCAUUUCUGGGGAGUGGGCGCAGGCAGGACCCCAGGGCCCUUGUCUGCCCACCCUGGCGACCAGGAGAGCCCCCUCGCAGAAGGACAGGGGCCCCCGGGGCCACUGUGCCCCCAGAACGCGGCCCGGGAGCGAAGCCGUGUGCGGGCGCUGCGCCGGGCAUUCCUGUCACUGCAGGCAGCCCUGCCCACCGUGCCCCCUGGCACCAAGCUCUCCAAGCUGGAUGUCCUCGUCCUGGCCACCAGCUACAUUGCUCAUCUCAGCCAUGUGCUGGGCUGUGGCCCCCCCCCCACCUGUGCCCUCCCGCCCACCCCACGGACACCCACUCCUGCACCCCCUGAAGAAGUGGCCGAUGCGCUCCCGCCUCUAUGCCGGCCCCUGGGGGGGGGCUGGUCCUGACCCCCCCGGAGCAGCCACAGCCACCAGCAGCCAGGAGCACACCAGCCUGGGGGACAGCAGGCUGGCAAGGGGGGAGAGCCCCCCCCGACCCCCCCAGUGCCCACAGCCACGGGAGCCCCUCCCUCUGCUCUCUCCCCACAGUAUGGGGAGGCUGUGCCCUAGGGUGGGGAUCGGGGGCAGUAGUAAGGAUGGGGGAGGGGGCCAGUACUGAUGGGAUCCACACCCCCAUCCUGCAGAGGUCCAGGAGCAUUGUGAGCAGCAGGAUGCCAGAGGUCCCUGCCCUCACCCUGCCUGCAGCAGAGCAGGACUUGGGCCAGGACCUCGGGGACACUUGGGGUGGGGUCUGGUGGGAGCUCCCACCGUGCAGGGACAGGCAUUAUGGCGCCUGCCUGGCCUUGGGAUGAUAGGGCGGGACAGGACAUGGACAUGCUUCACACUGCCCAUGGGGGCUGGUGGCUACCCACGGCAAUAAACUUGCAGCGAGCACCCACCACCUGCCUCUUGUCUAGGCUGUGCCAGGGCUGCAGGA